AUGGCCCACGCAUAUUCCCUCUUCCCCGAGGUGCAGCCGGCGUACGUCGACGGCCGCAAAGUCGGCGAGCAGACCAAGUACCCGGGCACGCCGUACUUCCAGGGCGGGCUGAAGCCGACGCACAUCGAGGGCGACGUGUUCCAGCUGGAGACGACGGGGACGAUCCCGCACGACAUCCGCGGGACGUUCUACCGCAUCCAGCCGGACCCGCGGUUCCCGCCGGUGUUUGAGGACGACGUGCACUUUAGCGGCGACGGCGCGGUGACGGCGUUCCAGUUUGCCGACGGGCACGUCGACGCCAAGCAGCGCUACGUGCAGACGGACCGGUACCGCGCGGAGACGCAGCACCGCAAGGCGCUGUUUGGGCGGUACCGCAACCCGUACACGGACAGCGAGGCGGUGCGCGGCGUGAUCCGCACCGUGUCCAACACGAACAUUACCUUUUGGCGGGGCGCGAUGCUGGCGUCCAAGGAGGACGGCCCGCCGUUUGCGCUGGACCCGGUGACGCUGGCGACGCUGGGCCGCUACGACUUUGAGGGCCAGGUACAGGCGCCGUGCUUCACGGCGCACCCCAAGUUCGACCCGGCGACGGGUGACAUGGUGGCGUUUGCGUACGAGGCGGGCGGCGACGGGCACGACGCGUCGACGGCGCUCGUGGUGUGGACGUUUGACGCGGCGACGGGCGCCAAGACGGACGAGUCGUGGUACGAGGCGCCGUACUGCGGCAUGAUCCACGACGCCGCCCUCACGCCCAACUACCUGGUGCUGCCGCUGACGCCGCUCAAGGCCGACAAGGCGCGCAUCGCCGCCGGCGGCAACCACUGGGCCUGGGACCCCAGCGAGGACCAGUACUACGGGCUGGCGCCGCGCAAGGGCGGCCGCCUGCAGGACAUUGUGUGGCUGCGGUCCAGCAACGCCUUCCACGGGCACGUCGCGGGCGCCUACGAGAACGAGGACGGCCACGUCGUUGUGGACCUGACGGUGGCCGACGGCAACGUCUUCUUCUGGUGGCCGUCGCCCGAGGAGGCGGCCGAGGCGGCGGCGUCUGGCAAGCCGCCGCGGCGGCCGCAGCUGCAGUCCGACACGGUGCGCUGGGUGCUCGACCCAGCGCUGCCGUCCGGCUCGUACGUCCAGCCGGCGCGCCAGUACGGCACCAACGGCGAGUUCUCGCGCAUCGACGACCGCUUCGUCACGAAAAAGUACCGCCAUUUCUGGCAGCUGCAGAUCGACCCGACGCGGCCAUACGACUUUGCCAAGUGCGGCCCGCCGGCGGGCGGGCUGUUUAAUGUGCUGGGCCACUACGAUUGGGACUCGUUGGACGGGAGCGGUGGCAAGGCCGUCCGCGACGAGUGGUUUGCCGGGCCGACGUGCACGUUCCAGGAGCCCGUGUUUGUGCCGCGGCCCGGGUCGACGGCCGAGGGCGACGGCUACCUGCUGCUGCUGCUCAACCACCUGGACGUCCUCCGCAACGACAUUCUCAUCUUUGACGCCCUCCACAUCGCCCAGGGCCCGCUGGCGGCCGUGCACCUGCCCAUCCAGAUGCGCCUGGGCCUGCACGGCAACUUUGUCGCGCAGGACGAGAUUGAGCGCUGGGCCAAGCGCCGGGCGCCCGACGGCGACCUGGGGCCGGUCCAGGUGGCCACGGCACCGCUGCCCUGGCAGGUGGCUCUGCAGGAGAAGGACGCGCGCAAUGGCAGCGGAACCAAUGGAGCGUAG